AACUAACCUCACGCCAAAGCAGACAAUCAAGACUUUAUUUAAACUAAAUUUAAGAACUUGUGUGCAAAAUCAACGUGACAAAUUGUGACACAUUAUCAUCACAAAGAAAGAGCACUAUUAAAUUUGCUCCUAAUUUCUACAAGAAUUAUGGACGCUGAAGGAGUGCCUGAUCCUGAAGGAAUGCAGUGUUGUGAUGAAACUAACCCUGCUGAUCUGCCAGGCUUGCUGGAAUCCCUGAACUUCCGGGACGAUACGGGUAGCGGUGUUGCGAAUGAUGAUAUUCCUAUGAUGCAAACUGGGGUCGGCGCUCAUGGUCACAACCAAGUCGUUGAGGGACAGCCUAUCAGCAAUGAUUUGCCAGUCAAUGAUCAACCAAAAGCUCCCGCACCGUCAAAUGUGGAUCACGAAAAGCGAAAACUUAUCCAACAACAACUUAUCGUGCUCCUGCAUGCAUACAAGUGUCAGAAAAGGGAAAUUCAAGCUCCAGAUGGUGCAAAGUGCACCCUUCCGCAUUGUCGGACCAUGAAGGACGUGUUGGCGCAUUUGACUAUCUGCCAGGCCGGAAAAUCUUGCACCGUAACUCACUGUUCAUCCUCUCGGCAAAUCUUAUCGCAUUGGAAACAUUGUACGCAAUCGGACUGCCCUGUUUGCCUUCCGACCAAACAAGCCGAUAGUAACAGAGUUAAUCCAGCUCAGCCUAAAUAAUUAUGUAUCAGGAGCAGGACAACUUUAUAAUCUAAUAAACUUGCGGAUAAGCCCGUCACCCGCCGGGCGAGAGUUUAUCCGGUUUUCAAAUUAAAUUUGUUCUAUAUACAUACAUAUUUUUAACUGAAACUAUUUCUUGGAAGUGAACGGAAUUUGUAAUGAUUGGACUCUUUAUGACCUCAGCCCUUGUUCGUGGGUCUGGCGGUAUCCCCUGUAUUUUGAAUAUUCCCGCCAUUCGAACGAAACUCGACUUUCCUUCCUUUCACGUCCUUGUGGACAUAUAAUAAACAUAAGAAAUUUAUGAAAUAAGCGAGUAAUUUGUUAAUCACAAAUUACAAAAGUUUGCUUGAUUGGUUGUUAGUGAUUUGUUUUACUAACAGCUUAGUUUUUGCGAUACAAUUUAUACAAUGAUCAAUAAAUAAAAAUGAUAAUUUUUUGAAAUAA